AUGAGUGCGCCCGAGUCGUACCAGCUCGAGUCCCUCGCCUCGGACGGGGACGGCGUCAAGCCAACGUCGCCGACGGCCUCCAUCGACCCGACCAACGUGCGGUGGAUGAACCAGGGCGACCGACGAUGGGAAGUCUGCAAGAUCGUGACCCGUCUGGUUGGGACGCUGCUAUGCGCCAUCAUCCUCAUAAUCAUGAUGGCGUGGUAUGGGUACCCGCCUUGGGAUAACUAUAGUGUCUGGCCUUGGCUGUGUCUGCCAGGAGCUUUGCCAUCGUUCAUGUGGGAUUUGGGGGAAUUCCUCACCAUCUGCGCCCGCCACGGACGCGGCAUCACGCCAAAGGCUCACAUUGGCCUGGAACUCAUCAUCUCUAUCCUCGGCUUCAUUGGCGGAGGCUGGCUGGCUUUCCAGCUCGGCAUCCAAGAGGAUGACCAGAUAGGAAACAACCCGCUAAACCUCGCUCUCGUAGAGUGUAUCUUUAUGCUUCUCAGCGCAACAAUCCACAUGGCACUCUUCAUCCGCGCCUGUAUAGAACGCAGCCGCGAGAUCCGCCGGCGCAGACCGCGUGUGAUGUACAUCCCAGAAACAGGCCAAACAGUCUACGUCGUCGCCAAACCCUUUCCAAAACUACCUACCUGGAAAUCCCAAUCGACGCGCGCCCAAUCCUUCCCGCGCUCACCGCAGAGCCCGCUCAACAAUUCCCUACGGCACCACUUUGCCCAACUCCAAGAAGAGAUGCCUCCGCCAUUACCCGACCGGCCCGGCGAUCAGUCCCCGUCUUCGGCGUCAUCUAUCAAACGGAAACCUUUACCGGGCGCAGGUAUCCCAUCGCGCACGAUUCCGGCGGGCGGUGAUAGUCGGGACCGGCAUCUUCGGCCGAAUAUGCGGCCCCCGCCGGCGGAUUAUGAGCCUUCCGCGGAGGAGCUGGAGCGGAUGAGACGGGGUGACGCGCAGCCUCAGCUUAUUUUGCCGGGGGAUGUGGAUUUCAAGUUUGCUACGAGCGUGACUGGUAUGACACCGGCUGAUGCGAGCGCGAGGGAGGGGAAGUAUAGGGUGAAUAUGACGCAGAUGCCGGUGGUGAUGGGGGAGUCUUCGAGGGGUGGGAGUGCCGGCAGGACGAGGUCUAUCUAA